AAUGAGUGAAGAAGACAGUUAAGAAUUGGAAAGUGAAUAAGAAGAGGAGGAAGAAGAAGAGGAAGAAGAGGAAGAGUAAUAAUAACCACCUAAAGAUGAAUUUAAUGAAUUUCGAAAGUAUAAUGCUUUUUCAAGUUAUGCAUAAAUAGAAAGAGGAUCAAAAAGCCAAUAAAAUUAUCAUAACCCUCUUGAAUAUUAUUAUUAAAAUAAUAUUCAAAUUCCAUAUUAACCACAAGCUAAUUAUUAUGAUAAAAUUCAAAGGCAUUAAUGUUAAAUUGAUAAUGCUAAGCAUGCACUUAAUUUAUUAUAAAAUCCUAAACCCCAAAUUUAAAACUAUUAUGACAAUUAUUACCCCCCAGACCAUUAACAAUAAUAAUAUAAUCCUUAUUAUUACUAAUAGGCAAACCCUCAUCAUUAAUCAAAUAAUUAAUAAUUACCUCCUCCUCCUUAAUAAUAUAAUUAUUAAAGAAAAAGGUCAUAUGAUGAGAUUAUUCCAGAUCCCUAUUUAGAAUAAUACAAUAAUUAAAGAAGAAGAAACUCUUUUAAAGAAUAGAAUUACAUUCCAACAUCACAUUAGCAUUUACCUAAUCCUCCUCAAUAUCCAAUUUAACAACAAUAUUAAUAAUAAUAACAAUAUUAUCCAUCUCCAUAUCAACAUCCAAAUGCAUUUCCUCCAUAAUAGUAAUAAGUAUAUUAAUAACCAUAUCAAUAUAAUUAUUAAUAACCUUCUUAUGAUUAAUAUGACUAUUAUUAAUAGUAAAAUUACCCUUAAUAAACUUAAGAAAGUCUUAACAAUCCUUACCAAUAAUAGUAGAAACCAUCAAGACCUCCUUUACCUUUAUAGAAUAGUCUGAAGGAAUAAAAAAAGACAACUGUAUAAAAGAACGAUGAAUAGUAAAUAGACUAGGAAUAUUUAGAAUUUAUAAGAUUUAAGGAGGCUGCAAAAAAACAAUAAAAAAUAAUUGAUGAUAAUGAGUAUUAGGAUUUUAUAGAAUUUAAAAAAUCAAAAUUGUAAUAAUAAACAAAUAAUGUUGGAUAAGCAACCUAACAAAGAUAAGUAAAAGAAUUGUACAAGAGGACAAAAUAAAGUAUAUAUAUAUAAAUUUUAGUUUCCACUGAGGAUGAAUUAAGACCUAAAUUUAAUGAAACUAAAUUUGAAAGAAAACCUGGUGAAAAUUACAGAUAGAAAUAUGUUGCCCCAUAAUUAGAUGCAAAUAUUGAGAUUUAAAAGGCUAUGGAAAUCUUAAUGAAAAAAUGAAUAUC